UCUCUUUUAUUUUACUUGCCUUACGCUGUAGUCUGUACGUUUAGUGGCAGGAUUUAUUUUAUUUUUUGUUUGUUUUUUUUAAAUUUAUUUUUUUGGUAGGGUUUUGUAAACUUAAACAACGAAACCUAAAUAGCACUUUAGAAAAAAAAAAAAAAAAAAAAAACCAAAAAAUAUUGAACAAGUUCGCAUAAAGAAACGACAGUUUCCUAAACAAAGGUAAUAGCUAUAUUUUUAGGAGCUCGUUUUUCCUCUCCCCCGGGACGACGUAUUUAAUCAUCCCUGUACGUGUCGAGGGCGUGAAGAAACGACGUUUAAAAUGGAUCCCCAGUGUUUUAACGGCAAGGCGGAAAUGGAGCCCGAAACCACAGCCGCCGCCGGGUUCAUCGCCAGCCUGUUAAGAACCAGAGGCUUCCUGACGGAGCUGCAGCUCCAGAAAUUCAGCAAGUCUCUCCAGGAGGCGUUAGCCGAUCACUACAAACAGCACUGGUUCCCAGACAGACCCCAGAAGGGUUCGGGCUACCGCUGCAUCAGGAUUAACCACGAAAUGGAUCCGCUCAUCGGCAAAUCCGCCAGCCGGAUCGGGCUGAGCAGCCAGCAGCUGUUUCAUCUCCUCCCGAAGGAGCUGACCCUGUGGAUCGACCCCUUCGAGGUGUCCUACCGCAUCGGCGAGGACGGAUCCACCUGCGUUCUGUACGAGACCGAGGCGCCAGCCGCCUCCGCCAGCAGCAGCGCCAGCGCUUAUAACCCCAUGCUGAUGUGCAAACAGCAGCUCCUUAUGGGCCGUAGGAGCCCACCUAAAAACUACCUGAUGACCGUCUCUAGCUAGAGCUUCCCCGGGUUGUGUUAGUUUAAUCAGACAGGCAAUUCGUGCACCAGCGAGGGAGGAGUGGGGGUAAAUCUAUCGAUUUAACUUAGCAGCUACCUUUUUCCUUUUUGAUUUUUAUUUCUUUUGAGACAUGAAAGAAUUAGGGGAUGGUCCUGUAUCUCUUCUGUUUCUGCAGCUUAUCUAUAAGGUGUUUGUACUGUUCCACCUGUUGGUGGGUUGGCUAAAUUGAACACAACAAAGGAAACAGAACCAGCACAUACACAAGCCAACUAUGGAGGGUGUUUAACAGAGAAGGGGGGGGGGGCUGGUUAUUCCAUUUAGAGACGCUGAAAUGUAGUUUCUUGAACUUUUCUUUUUUAAAAGGGUUACUCUGACAGUAGCCUGCACUCUUGCACUGCCAAGGCGUUUGGUGUUUUGUUUUUUUUUAUUAAUAUUUGGUAUGUUCUCAAUUUAGCAAACGCUGAAACUAGCCUUCUGUAUUAUAUAAAGUUUUUAACACUGCAAAGUAAAUCUUCCUGGGCUGGGAGGGAUUGAACUAGUGGCUCAAGCCUGAAAUGGAGAGUUUUUAGAUUCCUUGGUUGAAACCUCUCUAUAUAGAAAGGUGCAAUAAAAAAAAAAAACGACAUGCAGAACUCCAACAACACAUGGACUGUGGAUAUUGCAGCAGCUCAGGUUUUUAAUUGUAAAAUCUCAAGUAUAAUUUGUACGUGCCAUAUGUCACACGGAGUACAGUUGCUGUGUAAACCAAAAAAGUACAGUUUAAGUGCAAUUAAUGAUCCAAAGUUUUUAAAUGUGUAACCUGGCCCAUAAUUCUAGUUUGCAGUAGUAAGGUCAACAAACAGCAGACUGGUUCUAAAUGCCUGUUUGCCUUGCUGCCUAAAUGACUUAAUUUUUUUUCCCAUCCCCCUCUUUAAGAGCUGUAAAGUAUUGCUGCAAGUAAGCCACAGUUGUUGGAGUUUUGCUGCGUGUAACUUUUUUUAUAACAUUUUGCUGGUUAUCAAGAGAAGGUUUUGUGCAAUAGAACUUGAUGACCCACUCAAACAAUCCUCUGCACUAUUUCUAGCACACAAAGCAUCCCUUUUAUUUCUUUCUGUGUUUUAAAGGGUAGUAUUAACAGCUUGCUAUCCAGCAAAAGUGGAAAAUGUAUACUGUGAACAUGAACUGUGUUGUUUCAACAACUCUAUUAAAUGUCCAUCUUCCCAAAGGGGGGGGGGUUUGAAACUGGAUUGCAGAUCAGAUUGUUGGACACGUAUGGAAUUCCCUGUUUUUUUUAAAGUGUUCAUUGCCUGUUUGAAUAAGCUGUGAGGUUGUAGUUUUAUUGUAAAUUGAUUAGCGUCAAACUGACACAUUGUAUCCUAUUGCUGGAGUGUAAUAAUGAUAAUGUAGUAUUUCUUUCUUUCCAAAUGGGCUGUUGAGCAGCCUAAUCUGUUUACUGUUGUGGAUUGUAAAGGUUGGAAGAUGAACCUGCCUCAGCCAAUGUACAUUUCUUGUUUAUGGAUUGUGUACAUAUAUAUUGAUAAAGAUGUACAGUUUUGUACUUUUACGCAAAAAAGUCAUUAAGAUAAUAAACAAAUUAAGAAAAAAAAAA